ACCAUUACGUCGCUGUUCACCCUUCCUCUACUCCUCUAGAGAAUCUCUGUCCCUAACCGUAGCAACCUCAACAGUUCAACCCUUGCAUCUGAGCAGAAAUUGUGAGAUCAGGCCGUGGCUUCGAUGAGACAUUGGCUUAUGCAAUCAGUGACAUCAGCGAACCAUCACCGCUAAUAGAAUCAUCACGGCCGUCCGUUCUUAACUCCUUUCACUUCGAACGCGAUCAGGCCUGCGCUACACCAUAAUAUUCCCCUUUCUCUCUACGAGAACCGGAAGGCGCCGGCGAGAACGAGAACCUGUUGGAACCGCAUGGACGAAUCGUUGUUGGCCUAGAAGAAUCGCGGUGAUGAGAGGGAGCUUGUUGAGCCGUCGCGCGUUGCCGCGGCUCCGGCAACUCUCGAUCUCUAUCCUCGGAUCGGUCAAGAUCAAGCUCCUCCUCUCCUGCAUCAUCGCCUUCACGGUGAUCGCGCUCCUGAGCGGCGGGUCGGGUUUUAUGGGAUGGAACAAUCACAGCCCUGCUCCGGACCAGUUUUCCGCUCCACGGAAAGGAUAUGCUAUUGUAAUGAAUACAUGGAAAAGAUAUGAUCUUUUGAAGGAGUCCAUUUCUCACUAUUCAAUGUGUCGUUGGCUUGAAUCUAUUCAUAUAGUGUGGAGUGAGCCUAAUCCACCAUCGGAUUCUCUUAAGAAAUUUCUGAACCACAUUGUAGAGGCCAACUCUGGAGGUGGGCGCCAAGUUGAACUGAAGUUUGAUAUCAACAAGGAAGACAGUUUGAACAAUAGAUUCAAAGAGAUUAAGGAUUUGGAUGCAGAUGCUGUUUUUUCUAUUGAUGAUGAUGUUAUAUUUCCUUGCUCCGCGGUCGAAUUUGCAUUUAAUGUUUGGCAAAGUGCACCUGAUACAAUGGUGGGAUUUGUGCCGCGUGUCCAUUGGGUUGAUCAAUCGAAAGCCGGCAAUGAUUACUAUACAUAUGGUGGUUGGUGGUCAGUUUGGUGGACGGGAACUUACAGUAUGGUACUCUCAAAGGCAGCCUUCUUCCACAAAAAGUAUUUCGGUCUGUACAUGAAUGAAAUGCCAGCAUCAAUUAGAGAAUAUAUAACCAAAAACAGGAACUGUGAGGAUAUUGCAAUGUCUUUUCUUGUUGCAAAUGCCACUGGUGCUCCCCCUAUAUGGGUUAAAGGUAAUAUAUUUGAGAUUGGUUCAACUGGAAUCAGUAGCUUGGGAGGUCAUAGUGAGAGAAGAACCCAAUGCGUUAAUAAAUUUGUGGCAGAGUAUGGGCGAAUGCCUUUGGUAUCUACUUCUGUAAAGGCCGUCGAUAGUCGCAACAUUUGGUUUUGGUAAUGCAGUAAUUUAUUUUUCCUUUCGAUUGCUGGAUUCCCACUCUUUUUGGUUUAGCAAGUUGAGUUAUUCCAAGACCAAAAAAAAGAAAGUAGAGUUGCCCACUUCUUUUUGGUUCUUGAGUUGUAAAAUAUUAAACUUUCUGCAUCACUUUGUAGUGUUUUGGCGAUAGAAAUUAUUUAGAUUGAUUCCUUGUAUUCUGAUCUUGUAACAUAUGGCAGUUUCCAUGUCAGAUAACUACUUGUAUUAGUCUUCUGAGUAGAAUGAAGUUACUACUUCAUGGUU